AUGGAAGACAGGCCCACUCCUCAGUGGCCGAAAAGUCCAAUCACUGACCCUACAGAGGAUGCAACAGAGCUGAAGAAAGCAACCUUCUGUGGUAAGACUGCCAUUGUAGAAAACCCAUUGCAGCCCGAUCUCCAUCAGUACAACAGCUGGGACGCUCUGGUAGAGGCUUUCAAACUAUCCCUUCACGGGGUGGCCAAACCUGGAGAUGACACAGCACAGUUGCAGGAGGACAUCGAAAAUCUUCUGUGCCAAAAAUGUCAACUCGAAAGCUUCCCUGAAGAGCUGUCUGCCUUAAAGGCCAAACGAGGAAUACCGUCCGGGAGCAAGCUCUCACAGUUGGACCCAGCCUAUGACGAAACCGCAAAGCUCAUCAGAGUUGGAGGACGACUACGUAGGGCAGAAAUCCUCUCCGAUGCUGUUAAAUACCCAAUCGUCCUUGAUCCUCAUCACCACAUCACCAAGCUGAUAAUACGUGACUAUGACGAGAAGCUUCUUCACUAUGGUCCAGAACGUAUUCUAGCUGAAUUAAGACGCAAGUUUUGGAUACUCCGGGGAAGGGAGGCAAUUCGUCGUCAUCAGCAUCAAUGCUUUGAAUGCCGCAAAUGGCGCGCAAAACCCGAAGUACCAAAGAUGGGUGAUCUUCCUCCAUCCCGUCUCCGUCUAUUUAAGCCAGCCUUCUACUCUACCGGUGUUGACUGUUUCGGUCCGAUGCAUGUCAAGAUUGGUCGCCGCUCCGAGAAAAGGUGGGGGGUGAUCCUCAAGUGUAUGACGACCAGAGCUAUUCAUAUAGAUCUCUUAGAAGGCCUGGACACCGAUGCCUUCUUGAUGUCCUUUCGGCGCUUCAUUUCCAGACGAGGGAAGCCCUAUGAGUUGCUAUCUGAUUGCGGAACCAAUUUCAAGGGAGCUGAAACUGAAUUACAGGAAGCAUUCCACGCCAUGAAACCUGACCUUGCUGCACAACUAGGCGACCAGAAAGUGAGAUUCAAGUUUAAUCCACCCAGUGCACCUCACUUCGGCGGAGUGUGGGAGCGAGAGAUCAAGAGCAUUAAAGACGGUCUCAAGGUUGUAAUCAAGGACCAAUCAGUCACCGAAGCCGUACUCCGCACCGUCCUUAUAGAAAUUGAAGGCAUCCUCAAUUCCAAGCCAUUGGGCUACAUCUCAUCUGAUGUUGCAGACAUAAAUCCCAUAACUCUGAAUAUCCUACUGAUGGGACGCCAUGACCAGUCACUUCCACAAGUAGUAUACCCUGUCGAAGAGCUGAUAGGACGACGCCGAUGGCGCCACAGCCAAGUACUAGCGGACCAGUUUUGGUCACAUUUCCUGAAAUACUACCUGCCAAGCCUCCAACUUCGCCCAAAAUGGCAAAAGGACUGCCGUAACCUCACCUGUGGCGAUGUUGUCAUGAUUGCCGACCCUCAGCAGCCUAGAGCUCAUUGGCUAGUUGGUAGAGUCAUCGAGACACUUCCUGGAGUUGAUGAUCGCAUCCGAGCUGCCAGAGUUAAAGUUGCUGAUCGCGAAUACACCAGACCCGUUGCGCGUCUGAUACGCCUACCUGAGAUCACCGAUAGUGAAGACCCCUAG